AGUCCAGUUUAUGAAUUCUUUCUUUUAUGGUUUGUGCCUUUGGUGGUUAUCUCUAAUAAGUUAUUGCCAUACCCCAGGUCAUCUAGAUUUUCUCCCAUGUUGUCUUCUGGGAGUUUAAUAGUUUCAUCCUCAUAAUUAAGACUUGUUAAAUCUCAAGAGUAAACCUAGUAAAAAGGGGAACAGUCACGUCUCCUACAGUUCACCUACCACCCUUGAAGCUCUGCAGGAAGCAUAUGCAGAGAGGAAGAGGUGGGGCUUUGGUCUCAAACCCCAGGAUUAAAACAAAAACAAAAAGCCCUGUUCUGCAGGGCUCCUCCACAGUUCUCUCUGUUGAGAGAACAGCCUUAUCUACUGAGAGAGGCCAGUUGCUUUCUCUGCUCCAUUUUCACAGGGCACACCCCAGACUGAGCUGGCUCCAGCUCUGGGUGAGGCCAGCAGCUGACUUGAGCAGGGCUGGCUGCCAGAUGGCGCCCAUCUCUGGCCUUCACUGUCAGGCCACACAGCUGCUCUCUGGCCCAGUUGACCUCAUCAGCUGCAGGACAGUCUUGAGGGAUCCCAAGAGCAAGCCAGAGCAAGCAAGCCUGAAGGCCAAGCCUUCCUGUUCCCUCGCCACGUGGAAAGAUGUCACCCCCAGGGGCCACCCUUGAUUGCCUCCCAGCCUUUAGCCACUUGCCAGACACCCUCAAAGCACCACUGCUGGCACUGUGCCAAAAGUCAGAGCAUUCCUCCUGGGGAGGCAGGGCUGGGUUCAGUGGAUCCAUCAGGGUCCCCUGAUCAGGUGUCUGUGCAAGAAAGUCUAGACUUGUCAUCAGACUUCAAAGAUGGAGAAAGACCUUCCUUUAAAAAAAAAAAAAGAUUUUAUUUGUUUAUUCAUGAGAGACACAUAGAGAGGGGCAGAGACAUCGGCAGAGAGAAAAGCAGGUGCCCCACAGGGAGCCCGAUGCAGGAGUCGAUCCAAGGACCCCAGGAUCCCAACCUGAGCUGAAGGCAGACGCUCAACCACUGAGCCACCCAGGUGCCCCGGGGGAAGUCCUGCCUUAUAAAGUUGAAGGAUCACUGUGUUAGAAGGCAACACUAGUUAGGGCCGUCCUGUUGAAGGUUUGUCAGGGUCCAUUCAACAAUAUUAAUUCAACAAGUAGUUGAUUUGUUCUCCACAUCUGGCUCAGUGCUCAGGGCUGGAGCUGCACCGAUGAGUAAGACCGGAUGUGAUCUGUGUGUUUUUGAAGAGCACUGAUAUAAAUCAGCUACUCACACAAAUGCAUGUCUAAUUUAAAAUUAAAUGUUGCUCUGAAUUUCAGAACCUGGUUCUUUGAUAGAUACAACAGUGGAUGUUUAGUGCUUGGUUUUGUACACUUGUUUAUUUUUGAGUUAGGUAAUAUAUUCAUGUUCAGAAAUUCGAAAGGAUGAUAGAGUGAAACGUCACUCCCCUACCCCCCACUUCCUUGGGUGGCCCAUUAUCCCUCAGCCACUCCCCGGACGCCAUACGUGCUUCAUAGACAUGAGUGGGUGUUCUGCUGUUCAGCGGGGGAAGAGGAAGUGGAGUGGAGAAUAAAGACUUACCUGAGGAUAUGACACUUGAAAUUUGAAGCACGAAUGUGAAGUGAAGAAGCCUGGGAGAGGGGAAGCAUUCUCGGUAGAGGCAAUAGCUUAUGCAAAGGCCCUGUGGCAGGAGACAGCUUGAUGUAUUAGAUGCAUGAAAAGCCUGUAUUGCUCGAGUGCAGAAAGCAAGGGGAGGAGAGGUCCAGGAUGCUGCUGGGUGGAGAGGAUGCAGCCUUGGAGCUCUCUUGGCACUGUGGACUCUCCCCUAAGAGCCUGGGAAGCCACUGAACGAUGCGAGGAGAAUGGCUUAUUCCGAGGACCAAGGAGGUGUCCCCUGUGGUUUCAUCCGCCAGAACUCCAGCAACUCCAUCUCCUUGGACUUUGAGCCCCACACGGAGUACCGGUUCGUGGAGCCACUGGAAGAGCGCUACAAAUGUGCCUUGUGCCACUCGGUGCUUCACAACCCCCACCAGACGGGGUGUGGGCACCGCUUCUGCCAACACUGCAUCCUGUCCUUGAGAGAAUUAAAUGCAGUCCCACUCUGCCCUGUAGAUAAGGAGGUUAUCAAAUCUCAGGAGGUGUUUAAAGACAAUUGCUGCAAAAGGGAAGUCCUCAAUUUAUACGUGUAUUGCAAAAAUGCUCCUGGAUGUAAUGCCAAGAUUAUUCUGGGACGAUACCAGGACCACCUCCAGCACUGCCCCUUUCAAGCUGUGCAGUGUUCUAACGAGGACUGUCAGGAGCCAGUCCUGCGGAAAGAUUUGAAAGAACAUGUGAGCACAUCUUGCCAGUUCCGGGAGGAAAGAUGCCUUUAUUGCAAAAAAGAUGUGGUGGUAAUCCAUCUACAGAAUCAUGAGGAAAACUUGUGUCCUGAGUACCCGGUACCUUGUCCUAACAAGUGUUCGCAGAUUAUUCCAAGAACUGAGGUGGAUGAACAUCUCACAGUGUGUCCCGAGGCUGAACAAGACUGUCCUUUUAAGCACUAUGGCUGUACUGUCAAGGAUAAACGGGGGAGCCUGCAGGAGCAUGAACAUUCAGCAUUACGGGACCACAUGCUUCUGGUUUUAGAGAAGAACUUACAAUUAGAAGAACAGAUUUCUGAUUUAUAUAAGAGCCUAGAGCAGAAAGAAAGUAAAAUCCAGCAGCUAGCAGAAACUGUAAAGAAAUUCGAAAAGGAGUUCAAGCAGUUUGCACAGCUGUUUGGCAAAAAUGGAAGCUUCCUCUCAAACAUCCAGGUUCUUGCCAAUCACAUUGACAAGUCGGCUUGGCUAGAAGCUCAAGUGCGCCAGUUAUUACAAAUGGCUAACCAGCAACAAAAUAAAUUUGAUCUGAGGCCUCUGGUGGAAGCGAUUGAUACAGUGAAACAGAAAAUUACUCUGCUAGAAACCAAUGAUCAAAGACUAGUUGUUUUGGAAGGGGAGACUAAUAAACACGAUGCCCACAUUAAUAUUCAUAAAGCACAACUGAAUAAAAAUGAAGAGCGCUUUAAGCUCCUGGAAGGUGCUUGCUAUAACGGAAAGCUCAUCUGGAAGGUGACAGACUAUAAGAUGAAGAAGAGGGAGGCCCUGGACGGGCACACAGUGUCCAUCUUCAGCCAGCCCUUCUACACCAGCCGCUGCGGCUACCGGCUCUGUGCCAGAGCGUACCUGAACGGGGAUGGGUCCGGGAAAGGGACACACCUGUCGCUCUACUUUGUUGUGAUGCGAGGGGAGUUUGACUCACUGUUGCAGUGGCCGUUCAGGCAGAGGGUGACCCUGAUGCUUCUGGACCAGAGUGGCAAAAAGAACCACAUUAUGGAGACCUUCAAGGCCGACCCCAGCAGCAGUAGCUUUAAAAGACCUGAUGGAGAGAUGAAUAUUGCGUCUGGCUGCCCCCGCUUCGUGGCUCAUUCCACUUUGGAGAAUGCCAAGAACACCUACAUUAAAGAUGACACCGUGUUCCUAAAAGUGGCUGUGGAUUUAACUGACCUGGAGGACCUCUAGUCCCUGUUUCUGGCUUGUUGGGCCCAGAACCGUGGACGAAGACACCUGUGAUGUCAGACAUCCUAUGGCCUGAUGACUUUGAACUCAGUAUACAUUGGUAUUUGGCUGUUUGCCCCCCCCCUCCCUCCCCCAGUGUUUGAAGUCAGUUUCAAGCUUCUCAAGUGCUAUCUUCUUUUUAUAUUUUACUCGGUCCCAGUUUGAAACUUAAGACACUUAGACUAGCCUCUCAUUAUUUAUAUUUUUAUAUCUCUUAAAAGAUGUUAAGUUUCUGGAAAGCAAGGUCUGGGGCCUAUCUUUUUUACUGGUGCUUGGCAUAGUGUCUCAGGGUAGGCACUGUGUGAAAUGUUCUGGAGGACACAGAGGAAGAAUUGAAAAUGCUUCAGCAGCAUUAUAUUACUUGGCCUGCUGAUUCUAGACCUAACCAUAAGCCUGCAAAAGCCAUCUUUCACGGUAGGCUGUCCCGAUUAAAUAGUUGGAUCAUGUACUUUCAAAGACAGUGUGUCCAGUUUGGACCAGACUUUAUUUGGUCAGAUACUAAAUUUGUGGAAAUUACUGUACCUCUAAAUAUUUUCAGUAAACAUCACCAGUAGUCAGCAAGUACAGUUUUGCAAGGCUGCAUUAGAACUGGUGAAUGUAGGGAGAUUUUCCUUCUCCCCGUUGAAGUAAACAGAAAGUACUGCAUAGUGUGUGUGUGUGUGUGUGUGUGUGUGUGUGUGUGUGUGUGUGUGUAGAGAGAGAGAGUAUAUAUAUGUGUGUGUGUAUAUAUGUAGAGAGCUAUAGCCAUCCAACUAAAGUUCAUAUUUUAUUAGGCUCAACCAUGUGAAAAGACUAUUUUCAUACAUCAGAAAAGGUCAACUAUUAACAGUUUCAUAAGGUUCAAUUUGGUAAGUUUAAAGGUAUUUUGGUAAUAAUAGUAAGUUAAUGUGAGGAUGGGCAGGAGUUAGCAUAUGAUGGAGAAAAUGUCAUAAAUGGGUAAGAGAAAUUUAAAACCUAGGGAAAACACCAUUAUUAUUCCUAUGGUAUCAGAAGUAUUCCCCUCCCAAACUGAUUGCUGAAAGCAGGAUCUCCCAUUCUUUUUUGAGAGAACUUUUGAAUUCACAAACUGGUAUGAAAAUGGGCAUUUAUAUAAGCUUGUGACUUUUCUUAUUGAAGUUGUACUUUGUGAAGAACAGAAGUGACUGUAUUCUUAUGCAUCUAUCUAUGUGGAUCUCUAUAUGAGGAUGUAUAUCUAAAGUCAAAAGGAGUCCUAAUGGCUGUUGAUAAAUCUGAGCUUAUAAAAAAAUAUAGCCAGUUUUCCUGAGCCCUCCCUCACUGUUGUGCACCUGAGUGUUCACUCACACUUGAGCUGGUUCCCUCAAGUGUAAGGGCAAAGUGCCAUGGACUGAGGACCACUUAAAGCAGCUCAUUCAGGUGAUGACCAUGUACCUUACAACUUUUGAACACUUUAAUUUGAUGGAAGAAACAUUUUUAUACCAGUGGCUUCUGGCAUAAUCGGAACUUUCUGAAUCUCUUCUGUGAAAAUUUUCAAGGGCCAAAGGCUCGUAUUGCAGAAAUCACCCCAAAGGCUUAAAUUCAAAGAAGUAAGCUUCCAGUGGAAACACACUAAAGAAACAUACCGUAGCUGCUGGUGAAUCCAACUAAUGGUCAAUAGGUUCCCCUCACACAGCCAGAGUUGGUGGUUCCUCAUGUUUGUUUUCAUUGUUUUUAAUCCAGCUCAACCCGUUGGGAGUAGAAGAUCAUAUUGUUGUAACUAGUUUGAAGCAGUUGGUAUGGUAAAUAUUCUUAAAUGAAUUUAUCAAAAUACUGGUUUUCUGUUCUAACCAACUUCUCUACAUAAAAAGCUUAACUCAC